AUGACGUCUUUUGGGUCUACUGUUGACGAGGAUAUUAACAACGGUCAUGGUCCAUAUGUUUUUAAGGUUUCUGGUCAGGUUUGUCAUUGGAUAGGGUCUUUGUGUCCUGAUGAGUCUAAAGGUCCAAGGUUCUUGCAGUUGUAUGUUGUCGAUACUGCUAAUGAGGUUUCUAAUCGGUUGAAAGCCUUUCACACCUCUACUAAAAAAGAUUUAGAUGGUGCUGUUGUAAAAAUUCUAAUGGAAUCCCUUUCAGUUCAUAAUGAAUAUGUUAGGACAUUCAAAACAGCUAAAGAAAUGGCUGAAGCUAUGAAAUUAGAUUCCUAUGCAGUUCGUUUGUUCAGUGACGUCCCUGAUCGUAGGUAUGGUUGCCCGGCUGCUGGUAGUUUAGGUUGUAUUGUUACUGGCGAUGACAGUAAUUGUAGCAAGUAUGACAUCAUUGUUCACUCGAAAUCUGAGGCUGGUAGAAUAGAAGAUAUCCUUCGCAAUCCUGGUUUUGCAAGAACACUACUACUUGGAUGGUUUGACAGCAAUGCAAGAGAUCCACAAGGUCGAGAUCUUACGUAUAUAGACUACCCAAAUAGAUACGUGUGGGAUGCUAGAUCAAAGGAAUGGGGACAAAGAGUUUUAGAAUCUUCAAAAAGUAUAGGUAGGCAUGUGUUUGUCCAUCCAUCUUCGGGAGAGUUAUUCUAUCUUCGGAUGUUACUCUGUCAUCAAAAAGGAUGCACAUCUUAUGAAGAUGUUCGUACGGUGCACGGUCAUCUUCAUCCAACUUUUCGAAGUGCAUGUAACGCACUAGGGUUAAUAGGUGAGGACAUGGAAUGGCUGACGGCCUUCAUUGAAGCUUCAUCAUGGGCUACUUCUUCACAGUUACGUUCCCUCUUCUGUCAUCUACUGCUUUUUUGUGAUGUAAGUAAUCCACAAUCACUUUGGGAUGUUGCAUGGCGGAAGAUGAUAGAUGAUUACUUGCUUAAACUAAAAACCGAGUUCCCAGAUAAACGAUUUCAUAUGAAUGAUGAUAUAGUGCAGCAACAACUGCUUUUUGAACUAGAAAAUGCACUCCGAUCUUCUACACCUUCUAGAUCGUUAGCUGACUUCCAUUUACCCGUGCCAAAUCCGGAUACUAUUGUAGUUCUGCAAAAUCGUCUCUUGCUAGAAGAGUCAAGUUAUGAUAAGGAGUCCUUGCAACACCAACACUCACAAAUGUUUCUACAAUUAAAUGAAGAUCAGAUGCGUAUUUAUAAGACCGUUGUCAUAUCCGAAGAAAACAAAAAACAGGUCUGUACACUGCAUCACAACAUGCGCUUAACACAGACUACCACUGAUGUAAGUGAGGGUCUAUCCAUAGCUGCCUUCGCUGACUGGCUACUUAACAUUGGGAAUGGAACUUUAGGUGUGCCAGAUGCAGACAAUCCACAUACUACAACCUGGGUAGAAAUACCACCUUCGCUUUUAAUACCAAUAGAUAGUGAGUCUUUGAAAAACCUAAUCCUCUUUGUCUAUGGAAAUAGACUGCUGGACAAUCCCUCACCAUCCGAUCUAUCUGUAAGGGCUAUUGUUUGUCCCACAAAUGACACUGCUGACAAAGACAUGACUAACAUAUCUGACCUGAAGUAUGCAUGCGAAGGAGGAGCAUUACAGGUGCGAAUUCUGCGCAAAUGGAAACCACAGUACCGUCGGCAUGAAACAUGGUAUCUCGGUGUGGACAAAUACGGAGAUGCUAUACAGAUUCUGGGACAAAGAACAAAUCAGGGGUACAUAGAAUCAAUUUUCCAUAUCUCUAACUGCUACACAAUAUCAGAGUACACCUGUCCCUAUUUAGACGAGUAUCAGAAAGUUCUAGAAAACGAAAUCUAUAUGGAUGUUGGCCUGAUUUCCAUAAUUGCUCCUCUUCCUGACACUGUCACAAUCCCUGCAACCUGGUUCCGGUUUGCCUCGAAAACAGAUCUCCUCAACUUAGGUGAAAACCCGUCGUAUUAUCCAGAUUUCAUUGGCGUGCUAAAAAAAAUGAGAAAUUGCACAAAGCGUAAUGGAGAAGAAUUCGUUCUUCUAAUUCUUGCAGACGAAAGUGGUGAUGAAAUAGCGAUCAGUUUAUGGAAAGAGUGUAUUGAUGUUCGUGAGAAAUUCAGACCUGAAGAGUUGGCAACCCCUCCUGCGACAACAGUUGUUGCCAUUACAAAUAUAAAGCCUUCAUCAAUACACAUAGCAGGUACUUUAAGGUUCGGAUCAUCACCUGCCACACACGUAUAUGUCAAUCCCCCAAUCCAGGAGACAACACUUCUAAUCCACAGCUUCACUGGCCCUACACCCCCAACUUCCACAACAUCUGGACCAUUAACAACACUGCAUGAGCUAAACAACAAGAUUCAUAGUGAACUGGUGGAUAAAACAUUCAAUGUACAAGCUACACUGACAACAAUCACAUUCAAAGACUGCUGGUUCCAAGUACUAUGCACAACUUGCAAAGAUCCGAUUUUCAGGAAAAGCAAUUACUGGAGUUGCAGUGCUCAUGGAAAAACAGCCUCACCCAUAUUCCUGUAUAAACUAAUUACAACUCUGACGGACCCAACGGGCUCUCUAACUACAAUCAUGACCGAUGGCGCGGCUCAAAAACUAAUUGGUGCUACACCAGAAAAACUAAUGGCUGAUGAUCAUGAAAACAAUAAAAAGCUCCCACCAACACUUAUCAAUGAUCAUGAGGGCACAUCAAAGACCAUGUCAAUACAAAUGCUAAAAGGCUCUACAACUGAAAACAUUCGUUUCAUAAUCGUUGACAUACAUGAAGUAACCAUGGUUAAUCAGUCAGUCGCACCGGUCACACCAACACAAGUUUCAACAACUACAACGACAGCAACACCAAUCACUCCAGCAGACCUUCAAGGUUCCGCAAAUGUUGAAAUCAAUCCUAUACUUGGAAUGGCAUCUACAACAUCACAAACAUCACACACAGCAAGAACAUUGACAUACGACACCGCUGCUGAAUCUGUACUGAAGAAACAACCGAAGCGAGGACGUAGAGCAGAGUAA